CCUGGCGGGGCCGGCGGUCGGCGGCGGCCGCUACGGUGCUGACAAGAUGGCGGCUGGCGGGGCUGUUGCUGCGGCGCCCGAGUGCCGGCUUCUGCCCUACGCGCUGCACAAGUGGAGCUCCUUCUCCUCCACCUACCUUCCGGAGAACAUUUUAGUGGAUAAACCAAAUGAUCAAUCUUCCAGAUGGUCUUCCGAGAGCAACUAUCCUCCCCAGUACUUGAUUCUGAAGCUUGAAAGGCCUGCUAUAGUUCAGAAUAUUACAUUUGGAAAAUAUGAGAAAACCCAUGUCUGCAAUUUGAAGAAAUUCAAGGUCUUUGGUGGAAUGAAUGAAGAAAAUAUGACAGAGCUGUUGUCUAGUGGCUUGAAGAAUGAUUAUAACAAAGAGACAUUUACCUUGAAACAUAAAAUUGAUGAACAGAUGUUCCCUUGUCGAUUCAUUAAAAUUGUUCCACUUUUGUCCUGGGGGCCCAGCUUUAAUUUUAGCAUCUGGUAUGUUGAACUUAGUGGCAUUGAUGAUCCUGAUAUAGUGCAGCCCUGUCUGAACUGGUACAGCAAGUACCGCGAACAGGAAGCCAUUCGCCUUUGCCUGAAACACUUCAGACAACACAACUAUACAGAGGCUUUUGAGUCCCUGCAGAAGAAAACCAAGAUCGCCCUGGAGCACCCGAUGUUGACAGACAUGCACGACAAAUUGGUGUUGAAGGGUGACUUUGAUGCUUGCGAAGAGUUGAUUGAAAAAGCUGUGAAUGAUGGCUUGUUCAAUCAGUAUAUCAGUCAGCAGGAGUAUAAGCCGCGGUGGAGUCAGAUCAUUCCUAAGAGCACCAAAGGUGAUGGAGAAGAUAACCGGCCAGGAAUGAGAGGGGGCCAUCAGAUGGUUAUUGAUGUUCAGACAGAGACUGUUUAUUUGUUUGGUGGCUGGGAUGGAACACAAGAUCUGGCUGACUUCUGGGCAUACAGUGUGAAGGAGAACCAGUGGACAUGUAUCUCUAGAGACACUGAGAAAGAGAAUGGUCCUAGUGCCAGGUCGUGCCAUAAAAUGUGCAUUGACAUCCAGCGGAGGCAAAUCUACACGUUGGGCCGCUACUUGGAUUCCUCUGUGAGGAACAGCAAAUCUCUGAAAAGUGACUUCUACCGUUACGACAUUGACACCAAUACCUGGAUGUUACUGAGUGAAGACACUGCUGCUGAUGGUGGACCAAAGCUGGUGUUUGAUCAUCAGAUGUGUAUGGACUCAGAAAAACACAUGAUCUACACCUUUGGUGGUAGAAUUUUGACAUGUAAUGGCAGCGUAGAUGACAGCAGAGCCAGUGAACCACAGUUCAGUGGCUUGUUUGCCUUCAACUGCCAAUGUCAGACCUGGAAACUUCUUCGAGAGGACUCCUGUAAUGCUGGCCCUGAGGACAUCCAGUCUCGGAUUGGACACUGCAUGCUGUUCCACUCAAAAAAUCGUUGCUUAUAUGUAUUUGGUGGCCAGCGAUCUAAGACGUAUUUGAAUGAUUUCUUUAGUUAUGAUGUGGACUCUGAUCAUGUAGACAUAAUUUCAGAUGGCACCAAGAAAGACUCUGGAAUGGUACCAAUGACAGGAUUCACACAGAGAGCAACUAUUGAUCCAGAACUGAAUGAAAUACAUGUCUUAUCUGGACUCAGCAAAGACAAAGAAAAGAGGGAAGAGAAUGUCAGAAAUUCCUUCUGGAUUUAUGACAUUGUGAGGAAUAGCUGGUCUUGUGUCUAUAAGAAUGAUCAAGCUGCAAAAGAGAAUCUGAGUAAAAGUCUUCAGGAAGAAGAACCAUGUCCAAGGUUUGCCCAUCAACUCGUUUAUGACGAAUUACACAAGGUUCAUUAUUUAUUUGGUGGAAAUCCAGGAAAAUCUUGCUCUCCAAAGAUGAGACUAGAUGACUUCUGGUCACUGAAGUUGUGUAGACCUUCUAAAGAUUACUUACUGAGGCAUUGCAAGUACCUCAUAAGAAAACACAGGUUUGAAGAAAAGGCCCAGAUGGACCCUCUUAGUGCUCUGAAGUAUUUACAGAAUGAUCUUUAUAUAACUGUGGAUCAUUCAGACCCAGAAGAGACAAAAGAGUUUCAACUCUUAGCCUCAGCUCUGUUCAAAUCUGGCUCAGAUUUCACAGCUCUAGGCUUUUCAGAUGUGGAUCACACCUAUGCUCAAAGAACUCAGCUCUUUGACACCCUAGUAAAUUUCUUUCCCGACAGCAUGACUCCUCCUAAAGGCAAUCUGGUAGACCUCAUCACACUGUAAACUGAGGAGUCAAGUUGAGGAAUUGCUAGGCUCAGAAGUGGAGACUGGAGUCGGAGUUCCGUGUUUGUCUGGGCAGAGGUGACGUCGCAGUAAUUGAGGACUGCAUCAGAGUUUUGAAGGAUCCUUAUUAUCACAAGUUUUAACCCUCUCCUUCGUACCUGACCUCAGUCCCCUUUGCCUCAUAUUCCUGCAGUAGGCUAAUAAAGUGAAAUUGAUAUACUUCCCAUUUAAUUAUGCAUAUCUUUCUUUAGCUUUUAAGAAUUAACAAGUGUUAAUGAAAUGACACUUUUCUGUGUUCCAGUUUUCCAGGUUGAUUUUAGUUAGGAGAGCAGCACUCUUGGUGGACUCAGUGCGCAGGGGUGGGGUUGCUGUGGGUUGUUGGCCGUUGUCCCCGGUCUCCUCUCUUUCCCUCUUACUUUCCUCACAUCACAACUGUUGUAAGUGUGCACUGGCUUCCUGCGUCAUUCUUAACACGUGUGUUCCUGUGGGACAGUUGCUGCAUGUGAAGCUGCUGUGUGGAACUGUUGACUUUUCUUGUAUUAUAUUAAACAAUAGAGAGGUUAGAGGGCUUCAGUUUAUACUUUUUGCCAUAAAACCAAAAAGCAAAACUCAAGAUUGACCCAGACUCCCGAUCAGAGUUGGCAUUUCUGAAUUGAUCUUUUGUAGUGGCUAUGACAGUAGCCAUUGGCUUCGAAUCACCAAAACCUGAAACCAAGGCUGUCAUCCCGAAACUUAUUUAAGAGUUCCCCAGAUGAGCAGCGGGAGAGGCCCUGUCCUGAUGGCUUUUUCACUGGUAGCUUUGUAGGGAUUUGUAUAACUGGUAGAGUUAUACAGAACCAGUGCUCACAUUCUGCUCAGAGUUCUCUUUUUGUUGCAGUUUUAUCUGGGGAAGUGGGUUCCAGAGCUGUGCUUUCAUUUUUUUUUUUUUUUUUUUUCUGAUAUGUUUCCCUGCUGUUUUGAAGAGUAAUGGUUUGUGGUUGUCCUUUGGUAUACAACUGACAGGCGUUUCAGCAAGCAUGUGGACCAGGCUUUUUUAAAUAGACAAAAGGAAAAAAAAAUACUAGGUUUUUCACUAGACAGAAAAGUACAACAAAUUGUUCCAUUCUUGUGUAUGCAGGAACAGAGGAGCAUACCUUCCUAUUAGGUGUUGUGGAAUGUUGCAUGAGAAACCUGCAUCUGGCUAGUUAGUGUUCACAUCGCUGAAAGUGUGCCAUCUGCAGCUGGUAACCCACCGUGUUGAAAGCAGAACCUCUAAUAUCCACAUGCCAGCUGUUAAGAGUGAGUGACUAUGAAAUUGACCUGUACUUUCAAAAAGUGUCUGUAUAGGAAUGAGACUUUGAUAUGUCUUUUUCCUCUGUCUUUACUUCAUGGUUUUACUUUUGAGGAUGAAUGGGAGUAUAUUUUUGCCAAUUGAGAUGAACAGGAAUGUAUUUUUGCCGGUCGUAGGAUUGAAUCAUGGCUUUUUAGCUUUACAAGCAUCCCAAAGCAAUCAGUAGUAAUUUAUUAAACAUGUAAGUCAAUACCUUAUCUUGUGAAAAAUAUGAUGUAUAGUUUAUGAGGUAUCAAAUUGUAUAAAUACAGAAUAAUCAGUUAACUGUACAUUUGAGUGAUAGUCAAAGACUUAUAAUUUCUUCAAGUGAUUCUCCUGAGUAACAGCCAAGAGCAUAAACUGUAUCACUAAUAGUGUAGCCUGAUGGAUCUCAUUUUUCAAAGACAGAUACAAAUCAGUAGUUGACAAAGGAACCUGAACUGGAAGUUGCCAAAAUAUAAGAGCUGUAGCUGAGCAUCUUGACAAUACAACCAAAUGGAAUUCUGAUACCUGCCACCUUUUCGUAUGCAUGUUCUCCCCCAAUCCCCACCCCCCCCCCGAGUUUUUCCCAUCAGUUCCUCAGACUCUAUUAUUUGGAUGAAAUUCAUUUCUUGACCUCGGUGAUUCUUUUUUUCCUCAUAACUGCUUUUUUCUGUUUCUAUCAUGCCUGCUUUAUUUCCAUCUCUCCUCACUUUUAUUUAGUUUGAGUUUUUAAUUUUCAUGACCUUGUUUAAGUGGUUGAGUCCUAAGAAAGCACUGAGUGUUGCCUGAGAUCUCUCACCGACUGAGGAGAUAACUACAGGGCUGGCUAGAUGAGGUUAGAAUCUGUGCCUUGGGUUAAGGGGGCACUGGCAGUGACAGCUUCAGGAAGUGUGGGCCUUUCUGGGUCUGGGACCAGACUGACAUGUUGCUCACAACAUUGCAUAUCAGAAUCCAGGUUGAGAAAUUGUACAGAUAUUUAUUUACUAAGGAGCAACAGCAGAAUAUUAUAAUUUAUACAAUAAAGUUAGUAUUUAAGUAACCAAAUACAUGUGCUUUACUACUUAAAGUUUCAUGUUCUAGCUUAGUCCCAAAUUAAAACACGUAGCUUUAGAUGUGUUAGUGGGAAACUGUUCCCUUGACUUAAUCCCCAGUUUCAGCCUCACCUCCAUCUCCUUUUUUCCAGCAGAAUAUGUGGCUUUCAAUCAGAAAUUAGCUGUAGAUACCUGAUGCUACUUCCACCCUUGUAUUCCGUAAGAAUUUGAACUGCAAGUCACUUGACAGUGCGUUUGCGUUUUAUUUAUGAAAUAGUAGGAGAGCUAACUUGGCCACCAGCUUGUUGGAUUCAGUUAUGUCGUGUUUUUUACACACAGAGAGUCAUUUAGAAUUGGAUUCCCACCUCUGUGUCGUUAAAGCUGACAUACAGUGUUAACCUUUAUCAAAGUCACCUUUUUUGAUAACGGUUUCCAUUUCUACUAAAACUGCCCAUUCUGUGUCCAGAGAGUAAAAAGAGAAAGCAUUGGGAAUGAAGUCAUUGGCUUGUUGUAGAAAAGUGUGUAGGUUUCAAGUCAGUGCUGUGUUUGUUUAUAAAGCUGUAUUGAGUGCAGUGUGUGCUCUGUGUGUGAGUGCUGGCCGCUUGUCACUCCGCUGGCUCUCCACAUCUGCCUUAAAAGUGUUUCACAGAAGUCCACAGUAACAGCUUCACAGGACAGAGUAGGCUUGAAAUCCAUACAGAUAAAAGCUAGCUGAGGAACUUCACCAUUUAGUGAGAGAUCGAGAUUGUUGUUUAAUAAGUCAAAAAGCACUUAAAAGAGUGUUCCUGAUUACUAAUCUCAGAGUUAAAUUAAAUUUCAUGGUAAUUAUAUAUAUAAAGUAAUUAAUUAUUUUGUCUUGUUGGAUAAUUGUGAGUCAUUUAUUUCCUGAGUGAAACAAGUGUGAAAUCCUUAGCUGACUCUUUUAUGACCGUUGGGAAUUCUGGUUUGAUAGUGUGCACUGUAGACAAAGUCACAAAGCUCUUUAAAAAUGCCCUUCCUAACACUCGCUUUUUAAAAAACCUUGCUCAUCUACAGUCUCAUCCCUUUGCAGAAAUUCUUGCUUGAAUUUUCACCAAGUUUUAGCUAGUCUGUGGUUUAGGAUGUGCAGGCUCUACAAG